UACUUUGCAAGAACAGAAGGGGGAAUUACGAAAGCGUCUAUCGUACACUACCCAUAAGCUGGAAAUGCUUGAAACGGAAUUUGAUUCUACACGUCAGUAUCUUGAAAUAGAAUUGAGACGUGCUCAGGAGGAACUUGAAAAAGUAACUGAAAAACUGAGAAGGAUACAAAAUAAUUACCUAGCCUUACAAAGAAUUAAUCAGGAUCUGGAGGAUAAACUUUACAGAAUGGGUCAACAUUACGAAGAGGAAAAACGGGCUUUGAGCCAUGAAAUAAUUGCACUCAAUAAUCACUUAAUAGAGGCCAAGGUGACAAUAGAUAAGUUGUCAGAAGACAAUGAGCUCUAUAGGAAGGACUGCAAUUUAGCUGCUCAGUUGCUCCAGUGCAGCAAGAAUUACGACAGGGCACAUAAGCUUUCAGAGUUGCCAUCUGACUUUCAGGAAAGAGUCAGCAUCCAUCUGGAAAAACAUGGGUGCAGUCUUUCUGUCCCCUUGUGCCACACAUCUUACGCUGAUACCAUACCCACUUGCGUCAUUGCCAAAGUACUGGAAAAACCAGAUCCAAACAGCUUGUCUUCACGCUUGUCGAGCCCAUCUACAAGGGAUCUCAAUUUUCAGGACUCUGCCGGAAAACUCGGACAAAGGCCUCAGUACAAGUCGGACAUCUACUGCAGUGACACCGCCCUUUACUGCCCCGAGGAGAGGAGGAGGGAGAGGAGGCAGAGUGUGGACACACAAGUAAAAGACGCGGGGUUCCUGCGGUCCCAGAACUCCAUGGACAGCACCGUUGAAGAAGACGGUUUCCAUUCCAGCUUCUCUCACGAAGCCUUCCCAGAGUACAUUACCUCUCUGCCAACCUCCAGCUCCUAUUCCAGCUUCAGCGUCACAUCCGAGGAGAAGGAGAACGCCCAAGCCAACACUCUGACAGCCUCUCAGCAAGCAAUCUACAUGAGCAACCGAGAUGAACUGUUUGAAAGAAAGUCACCUGCAGGUUAUGAGCACCAGGGAAGUCCUAGGUUUGCCAAGUCCAAACCUGCGCAGCACAUGGAACUUGCCGACGACAACGAGAACUCACCUACUUUUACUAGGAAUCUGCCUCCGUACGCAAACGAACCUUUUCAUUUCUCAGCCAUAACACCACAGCAGGCUUUAGCAAAUCAGAAAAUGAGGAAUGAGUGCAGGAGCACCCACCUUUCAGAAGAAGACUUGCCUGGGCGUUGGAGGCAAUUGAGUGUGGAGGACAUUGGUGCAUACUCUUACAGGAAUGCUGGCAGGCUGUCACCCUGUAGUUUUUCAGAGCAGUACUACAGCAGCCCUAUUAAGAAGGGAGACAGUCGAACAAGCCCCAUCUAUGCCAGUUACAAAGCAGAUAGCUGCUCAGAGGGAGACGAUAUCUGCCAAAGCAGACUUGUGGAUUCUUGCUUCCUGAGAACAGACAGUGGCCUGAAUAUUGACAUCAGCACUAGCUGUAAACAGGACAAAUUGCCCACUUACAAAACAAAAGAAUCAAGAGACCAAAAAAAUGAAAGGAUAACAGUCCAGUUAUGCAGUAGCAAAAAUAUCGAAAAUAGCCCGGUAUUGAAAAGAGAAUACGUGGAUGUGAGCCCCAACAGCUCAGCAGAGUCCCUCAAUCAGAGUUCAGUGGAGGCUUCAGAAAUCCACCAGUCUUCCAUGGAGCAAGGAAGCCAUUCGGGUGUUCACAGCAAACAGCAGCAGUUUCAACGGACUGGGAGUACUGGUUUGAGUCGGAAGGACAGCCUUACAAAAGCACAAUUAUAUGGAACCCUUCUGAACUAG